AUGGGUAUCCCAGAGUUAAACGUGCCAGGCAUCGAACCUCUAAGCUUGGGUCAGAUUGCGUUGGCUCGAGGCCCUCAGGGCGCCAAGCUGACAGCAGUCGUCAAUGAUGUCAAAGUUCGCGGACCUAGCAACUUUAUCAUACAGGAACUUAAGUCAGACCUAGACAAGAACAGGUUCGACUUCAAGCUGUUGCUGCCGAAGCUUGACUUCGCUGGAAAGUACAAGAUGGACAUCCAAGUGCUGCUGCUGCGACUCCAGGGCCGAGGGAACAUCACGGGAACCUUCAGUUAG